AUGCCACCCGCACGACUAGCCAACGGGCUGCUCGGGACUUUCCGAGCCGCCUCAUUUCGAACAACAUGUGUUCGUCCAGCAGCCGCCUCAGCACAGCGGUGCCCAUACCAUUCGUAUGACUACGCUCAACCGCCGCCGUUUCCUCCCGCCGAAUCUGCGAUACUUUCUUCCGCAUACGCGCACGUACCAAAUCAUGGGUUUACUAUAGAUGCGCUCAAGCUCGGUGCAAGAGAUGCGGGAUAUCUCGAUGUUUCUACCAAUUUGCUUCCCAGAGGUGUUUUCGAUCUGAUCAAUUACCAUCUCGUCACUCAGCGGCUGGCUCUACAAAACAAUGUUCAGUUCCCAGAACAAGGAGAGCAAGGAAAGAAGAUGGGCGUCGGCGCCAAAGUCAGGACCUUGACGUUGGCGCGACUGCGAGCGAAUGAACCCGUCAUACAUCGAUGGCAGGAGGCACUUGCAAUUAUGGCCCAACCCACAUACGUCCCGGCAUCCUUGGCCGAACUUGCAAGACUCGCGGACGAGAUCUGGUUCCUAUCUGGCGACCAGAGCGUGGAUAGCAGCUGGUACACCAAGCGCGCGACUCUCUCUGCCAUCUACUCUUCGACUGAGAUAUACAUGACGCAGGACAAGUCGGCCAACUUUGCCGAGACGGAACAGUUUCUAGACAAUAGAUUACAAGAUCUCAUCAAGGUUGGUGGGUUCAUGGGUGGACUGGGCGAAUGGCUCAAUUACACGGGUCAUUCUGCCGUCAACGUACUGAGGAGUAAGGGCACGCGCAUCUGA